AUGGGAAAGAUCUUGAAAUCUAAGUCUUCUUGGCCGAGGACCGUCGUCAGGAAGUGGCUAAACCUACGUAGCAGUGCUUACGAAUUUCACUCCGAUUACCCAGUCAAAGGGAAAAUGGAGCCGAGGAGGAAAAGCUGCUCCGAUGGUGAUUACUACAUGGUCAUGCCGGAAAAGUUUCCAGGUUGGUUGGGACAAGCAAAUGGGGAUUUAAAACAAUCAACCGGUGAACAACAUCUGACACGCGUUGAUGAUAAACUUGAUCUCAAAAUGUUCGUCGGGACAUGGAACGUGGGAGGGAAGUCGCCACAUGAAGGAUUAGACUUAAAAGAUUGGCUUAAAUCUCCCGCCGAUGCCGAUAUUUACGUGCUAGGGUUUCAAGAAAUCGUGCCGUUAAAUGCCGGAAACGUACUUGGAGCAGAGGACAAUGGCCCUGCGGCUAAGUGGUUGUCUCUUAUCCGAAAAGCCUUGAACGACAACAACAACAACACUAAUUACUUGUCGCAAAAGGACGUCGAACUUCUUAAAAAUCACAGAACCUCCUUUGAACAUAAGAAAUCAUCACAACAGUCCCGUGUCAGCUUCUCAGAUCUCCCCGAUGAAAACACAAUUCCAACCCCUCCUCGAGGCUAUUCCCUCGCGGCGAGUAAACAGAUGGUCGGGAUAUUUCUGUGUGUGUGGGUUAGAGAUGAUCUUCGGAAACGUAUUACCAACCUCAAGGUUUCUUGCGUUGGCCGUGGCAUCAUGGGAUAUCUUGGAAAUAAGGGCUCGAUAUCGAUCAGCAUGUCACUGCAUGAGACGAGUCUAUGCUUUGUUUGCACGCAUCUUACAUCUGGAGAAAAAGAAGGUGACGAGGUCCGAAGGAACUUAGAUGUGACGGAAAUACUAAAGAGAACAAGAUUUUCUCGUUCUUCUAAAGAUUCUCGACCCGAAACAAUAAUGGACCAUGAUAAAGUAAUAUGGCUCGGAGAUCUGAAUUAUCGGCUAAGAGCAAGCAGUGACGUGCAAGAACAGCUUAGGAAUAAUAAUUGGGAAGCACUUCUUGAGAAAGAUCAGCUAAAGAUAGAACAAGAAGCUGGUCGAAUUUUCAAGGGAUGGGAAGAAGGGAAGAUUUAUUUCGCACCGACGUAUAAGUAUCUAAUAAACUCUGAUACUUACGUUGUCCAAACCGAAAAAUCAAAGGAAAAACGAAGAACACCGGCUUGGUGUGAUCGAAUUUUGUGGAAAGGUGACGGGUUGAAACAACUAUGGUACGUGAGAGGAGAGUCGAGAUUCUCGGACCACAGACCGGUUCAAUCUCUAUUUUCGGUUCAUAUUGAUAUAACUCAUAAUCUAUUGAACCGGAAAACUAACCAAAACCAUCGUCCUAACCCGGUCUUGCCUUACACAUGCCACGGGAAAGUCCAGGCUGAGGAGAUCUUGUUGCUCACACGUGCACAAAGUUGUAUAGACACACAACCUAGACGACUUAUAUCAUCUGCUUCUUGA